AUGAGCACGCAGACCGCGGCAUUUUCGAACGGUAAAAGUGGAACGGCCUCCUCACCAGUCCAGAAGGUGUCCAACGACCAGGAUAUGACAGCCGUGUCUGUACCCUCCAAGGAAGAGAUCCAGCUGGAGUUGCUGAAAUUGGAGAAAUCUCUACAGCAGGCUACGUCUCUGCACCAGCUGGUGAGACUGCUAGGACAGAUCGAUUCGAAACAGCAACAAUUAGACUACAUUCUUCACAAAUUCACAAACAAACGAUAUGUGGCCCACGGCUCAUCGAUUCGCGCUUUGGAGAUCAGCAGAGUGGAACUGUCGUCCACUCUGAGCCAUUCGCGGUCGCUCAAGAAAAUUAUGGACAACGCGUCGGCGCUGAGCUCGAAAAUCACCGAGCGAGUGCGACUGCUCGACUCGGAAAAAUCAAAAAUCAAGGCUACCAAGGAUUACGUGGAAAAUGUAAGAACCUUAAAGUACGAGGUCCAAAAGGCAGACGCGGCAAUCAAGCAACAGGACUGGCUGGUAGCAGCCACAUCCAUUAACGCUGUCCGCAACCUACCUCCUGGUCUGAUCAACGACGAGUUUGUCGAAUUUAUCGUCCCCACUAGCGACCUGCCCGAGAUGCCGAGUGUUCUGCUUGAUUCUUGGAUCUCGGAGCUGAACGAUAUAUUUCUGAGCGAGUUCAACGAGGCUGCUGCCAAGAAGGACGUGCAGCGACUCACCUAUUUCUUCCAGUUGUUCCCUCUCAUCGGCAAGAGCGACGUCGGUCUCAGCUGCUACUCGAGAUUCAUUUGCAAUAUUAUUAGCGACCAGUCGAGAACCAAUUUGAGAAGCGUGCAAGGAAAGGGCGUGCAUUCGAGCUUCUAUGCGCAGGUGUUAUUCCAGCUGUACCAAACCAUUGCCGAUAUUGUUCACCAUCAUUCGCGAAUAAUCACGAAAUACUACGGGAAAUCUGUGCUCCCCAAAGUCCUAAGUGCAAUACAGACGGAAUGCGAUCUUCAAAGCGGCCUCAUUUUGGACACCUUUUGGGACGCAAAGAACCUGGAUAGGGCGAUCGGCGAUAUUAGUAACUACGGGUACCCGAUCCUCGUCGGGUCAAUUUUGAGGAAUAUUCAGACAGAGGAGGAAUUACAGGACGACAAUGUUGUCAUUUCUCUUGCUGAAGUUUCGAGUCUGAUCGACGAGCUGUCUGCAAUGCUCAACCAUUGGGCAAUGUAUUGCAAGUUUUUUGUCGUCUCCUGGAACGAGGCUCUCGAUAAAUCUAAUGCGUCGGACGCUAUUUAUCCACAGCCGUUGCUGUUGAGUACAUUCAUGGAUAAAAUUCACAAGAAAGUCACUAGGAGUUUUGACCAGCUUUGCACGUUUGCUAUCAGAAGGACUAUAGAGAAGGCGUUUCUUCUGGAAAACCUCCCUGACAUCACCCCACAACUCCAGCUCUGUGUGCGGUACCUGGCAUUAGCUACAAAGAGCAACGCAUCCACCAAUCAAUCACUGCUCUCCCUGACUCCAGAAGACCCGCCAGUGACAUCGAUGGUCGAGGAUAUCACCAUUUCGUUGAACGUCAUUAUGUUACAGACAAUCACCACUGGUGAAUUCUUCACCAUCAAAAACAUGAUGUCCAACACCAGGAGGAUUCUCGAGAACGACUUCCUGAAUAUCAUGAAGAAGAAACUCACCGAGUCACAGCCGAGAGCAAACUCGGUUUUGCUCACGCCUCAAGCUAUCCAGUCUUUGCAUACCAAUAAUCGGACAAGUGUGCCUAUCAACCAAAAGGGUGGGUCCUCGAACCUCGUGACUCCAAGAAGCGGCACCCCGCCUGUCGGGGGCAAGGACUUUAAUUCUGGAAGCUUGUUCAUGAAAAGCGCCACUUCUGCAUUGAACGCGGCCAUGAACCUGAGCGGUGUUGAAACAGAAACUGCAGAUAAGCUUCAACAAUUUGUCAUUGUGCUUAACUCGAUCAGCGUUUUCCAGCAGUAUUUGGACAAACUGUCGGACAAUUUGGUGACGAGACUCGAAAACGACAAUCUUUUGAUCGUAGACGACCAGGAGUUUGGUCAAGUCCGCGCAUCCAUGGAGAAAGACCCUAACACGGAUAUACAGCUUCAUGUGGAUCUCGACAAUGGCGAGGGGACCGACGAUAGUCCGUCAGUUAGAGACAGGCUGAAAUCGGUGGUGAUGACGUUAAGCACGUCCUUCGUCGAAAAAUCAGACCUUGUGCUCAAAGAGAACAUAAAGACGAUCUUUAACCAGAAUUUCCGGUCCAAGCUGUCCAAGAUGGUCAACGAUGCGCUGAAGGAGAGUGACUAUCUAAUCUCCUCUGAUGUCUUGGCUCUGAGCUCGACGUCAGAGGUUAUGGUCAACUUCAUCAGGGAAUGGAACUCGUUGAUCAUUCCAUACCUCACCAUGUUUACCAGAGCUAACUUCCAAGUCCUGAUACAGCUGGCGGUGACGAACCUGGCAAAAGAAAUGGAAAAUAAGAUCUGGUCCAUGGAGAGAAAAUGCAAUGAACUGGGAGCGGCGAAGCUGGAAAAAGACGUCUCGACCAUUAUCAGCGAGGUCACCAAGUAUGACUACAGCCUGCGGGACAACUUCAUCCGGAUCACCCAGAUAGUCGUGAUGCUGGGAUUGGACGAUGACGACGAGGUGGAGGAGCUCAAUGAUCUCGAAUGGGCCCUGACUCCCGCAGAGCGGAGCAGGGCAAGAAAUCUGAGAAUAGAUAGAAAGUAA